AAUGAAAAUAAUGGGAAUUAUUGCAAGAGUAAAGUUUUUGAAAACACUGACAAAAGGAAGGAAGUUCUUCCUAUGUCAAGAAGCUCAUAUGUCUGAAACAUAGAAUAUUAAUUGAGUUUAACAUAAAAGGAAAGAGUAAAGACCCAAGCUCAAAAAGUUUAAAAAAAUUUGUCUGCAUCUAAAAAAUAAAAGUAUAUAUAGAAUUCAAUUAGGAAAUAUGGAUGCUUUAGCAAAUGGAAAAAAAACUUUCUUAGAGACCAUGCAGUAGCAGCUACCAAGGAGUUAGUCUACAACUGUUGUAACUCCUUGCAGCUACUAACUGUAACUUAAGUACAGAUGUCAGCUUUUACAUGGCUAAAUGGGAACAAUGAAACUGAAAUUUCUUUUCCCCAAUGGCUCUGGUUAUGGUGUGAACAACGUGCAGACGCCAGUUCCUUAUCAGAUUGACGGACAAGUUGUAGCACUUUGCGAAAGUGGGCGGGGUUUAAAUACAUGAUCAGUGUUCAGCUUAAUUGCUCACAACUGCGCGUAUUAUUUUGUUGAUUAAGGUAGAGUAAAUAUGAUAAAUUUCUCAAAUGUUAUUUAGUAAAAGGUCAGUUUGACAGAAAUGUGAUAAUGUUAGGUAAUUGUUGUUUAAUUUUGGUACCAUAUUUGAGGAAAUUUUAAAAGUAAAAUUCAUUUGUUUUGUUGGAAAUCAACGACCACACUCGCGCGUUCAUCCAUGUUUCAGGACCACGGUGCGAAAGUUGAACAGAUUAGAGCAUGCAGAAAACACAAAAAUUACUCCGCGUGAAGAACAAACUUGGUCGUACUUUGUGUGUUGUACGUGAGCACUAUAUCAGGGAGGAUGUUCCUUGUCACAGCCCACUAUGUCUAGCAGGGUGUCAGAAUUUAAAUACUACUGGUAAAACUAACAACUCACUAGCUCAAGAUGUCAUCCACUACAUGGUGCCAGAUGCUGAUGUGGCUAGAGACUACCUAGAAAUCUUGGAAAUGCCAGAAUUCAGAGGAAUUGUUUUUAUGCAGACAGUGGUCAACAAUGUUCAGUCAGUAGGUGGAAGGCGGUGUCAUCAGAGACUGAAGAAUAUUGUAAAAGAUGGGCGUAAAGGGAGUUGCGUCUUUUACAAUGAAUAUCAACAGUACUGUUAUUGUGCCAGAGAGCCUGGGGAACCUUUGAAGAAGUGGCUGGUCAGAAGUACCUAUGGUGCUGUUGAGUGGUACUUUAAUCACCUGGCUGGAACAAUGCCACUUGUUAUCAUAACACAGGAUCCACAGAUGAUAGCAGAGUAUUCUGCCAAAACCAUAAACAUUUUCGUGAUGACUAUGGAAGAUUAUCUGUCCACUUUUUGGCCAAACCUAACGGCUGCAUUAACUUUGGUGGAAUCCUUGACUGCUGCUCUAAAAGAAAAGGAAGCUGAAGGACAAGGCUAUUCUGGCUACCUACCUGCUGAGGUGUUGGAGGCUGGUAUUAAAGCGGGGAGGUUUGUGAGAGGUUGCCUCCAAGUCAACCGACAUAACGCCCAGAAUGAGGCCUUUGUACGUAGGGAAGGAAUGGGUAGUAAAAAAGAUGACCGUGAAUCGGACAUACUUAUUUUUGGCAUGACUGCCAGGAACAGGUCUAUACAUGGUGAUAUUGUUGUGGUGGAGAUACUCCCCAGAAACAAGUGGAAAGGAAAAUGCUUGGCCAUAAAAGAGGAGGAACAAGGUUUGAAGAAGGAAGAGGAGAGCAAUGAGCAGCAAAGUGUGGUAAUGACUACUGGUCAGGUGGUGGGCAUAGAGCAGAGGAACUGGAAAGAUUAUGUGGCAUCAUUUCAGGCACAAGAACAGGAUGGUUCUAACAGCCAAAUGCACUCUGGGAAACAUCUAGUAAUCCCGUAUGACUACAGAAUACCCAAGAUACGCAUAAGUACAAGUCAAGCUGAAGCUCUGAAAGAUCACAGGAUUGUAGUGAGGAUAGACUCCUGGGAUUCUGACUCUCAGUAUCCUAAUGGACAUUUUGUUAGAAAGCUUGGAAAGAUUGGAGAUUUAGAAACAGAAAUUGCUGCACUUUUGGUUCAGAAUAACAUUUCAGUCGGAGCUUUUCCAGAUAAUCAAUUAAAAGAACUGCCCAGCAACUCUCCUGAGAACCCAUGGUGUAUGACUGAGGCAGAGAUAUCAAGGAGAAGAGACCUGAGGACCACACACCUUGUAUUCAGUAUUGACCCCAAAGGCUGUGAAGAUGUUGAUGAUACAUUAUCUGUGAGAACUCUUGAGAAUGGCAACAUUGAGCUUGGGGUUCAUAUUGCUGAUGUGACUCACUUUGUGAAGCCUGGUUCUCUAAAUGACCUUGAGGCUCAAGCUCGCUCCACCAGUGUUUAUCUUGCUGACAGGCGCUAUGACAUGCUGCCUGCUAUACUGAGUGCUGAUCUCUGUUCUCUACUGGGUAGCGUGGACAGGUAUGCAGUCAGUGUAAUAUGGGAGUUGAGUCCAAGUUAUGAAGUAUUAGAUGUAUGGUAUGGGAGGACUGUAAUAAGAUCCAGCUAUAAGCUUUUCUAUGAGAUGGCUCAAGCAAUUCAUGAUGGCGCUUCUAUCAGUGAGAUAGUCCAGGAAGUUCCUGAGCUCCAGGGAUUAGACAAUAGUGAAGUAGAGAAACGGAUACAGGAGCUGCAUUGGGCUAUCGACAAGCUAAUGGACAUUGCCAGGCAGCUGCGGUCAAGGCGACUCCACAGUGGUGGCCUUGAACUGGAAGGGGUAGAGGUCAAAGUUCAGUUAGAUGAUACCAAGCAGAUUGAGAAGCUCAUCAUGAAACAGCCCCUGGAGAUCCAUGAAACUAUAGCCGAGUGCAUGAUCUAUGCCAACCACUGGGUAGCCAAGAAAAUAGUGGACAGCUUCCCAAGCCAAUCUCUGUUGAGGCACCACCCUCUCCCCAGACAAGAGGACUUUGAGAAUCUGGUGAAUUGUGCCAAGGCCAAGGGAUUUGAUGUCCAAACACACAGUAAUAAAGCUCUUGCAGAAUCUUUAGAUAAGUGUGUGGAUCCUCAGGAUCCAUCUGUGAAUAAGCUUCUGCGUACCUUGGCUACUCAAGCCAUGUCCAAUGCUCAGUAUUUCUCCACUGGUUCUCUGCCCAGGGACCAGUUUUUCCAUUAUGGUCUGGCACUUGACAAAUACACUCACUUUACUUCACCCAUUAGAAGGUAUGCAGAUAUCUUGGUCCAUAGAACACUGCUUGCUGCUCUUGGACAAGAAGAUGCAAGUUGUUUGAUGAGCAACAAAGAUUUAGAAGAACUGGCCCAUCACAUCAAUGAUAAGCACAGAGCUGCUCAAUAUGCUGAGCGGGAGUCUCAAGAACUGUUCCAAGCUCUCUAUUUCAAGAACCGCCCGGAAAAAGACUCUUACUGUAUAGCAGAUGCUGUGAUAUUUCAGCUUAGAGCUAAUGGAGUUAUGGUGUUUGUGCCAAAAUAUGGAAUGAGGGGUCCUGUGUACCUAAAGAAUAAAGAAGGACUAGUGGCUCAUGUGUCCAGUGAGGGACAGUUAGAAUGGACAUCAGGGAACUUGACCAGAUCAGAAUAUCAGGUUCUGGUAAACAGCUGCCUGGGAACUCAGUCAUACAAGCUUCUCAGUCAUAUCACAGUGUGUAUCAGUGUUCAAACCUCCCAUGCUCAUGCCAGCUCAGUGAAGUUUGACCUGGUCAACAACUGUCCACUUAUCACAGAGACUGCAGAGGGAGAGGCUAUUGUAAAGAGGACAGAUAUGAUAAAGGAUGUUCAAGAAGCAGCUCCAGAUUCAGCAGAAAGUGAUGUGGGUGAAUUAGGACCUAACUUCCAGCAACUCAGAGCUCAGUAUGGACAGACUCCCUCUGACCACAGCCUGUAUCACCUACUGCUCUCCUUCAAGGAAGAUUCAUUGAAGCUCGACACAUGAUGAUGAUUCCUAGUAACCAUCUUCAAAGUUGUACAAUAGGUGGGCUUUGAAAUACAGCAACAUUCCUGUAAAGUGCAAUUAUUGUAUAUCAUACUGCAUGCUAUGUUGUAACUACUAAUUGGAUCAUUAUCUGAACAUUCUUGUAUAUUUUAUUGGUUAUGGUGUAUAUACAAAUACAUGGAUAUGCAUGAAGACGUGACUCUCUGCACUAUGUGACAAAGUUGAAUUAAUUGAUACCUACAACUUGUGAAAAGCUACCAUUAAACAUUAAGAGAUUAAAAUUUAGCCAUUACAUAUGGCAUAUAUGAUAUUGAUUCUGUUAGGUAAAAUAGUUGUUUGUUUCUCAUUAUUUUGAGAACAGCAUUGUAGAUUCCAGGUUGCUAGAAUUCACACAAUCUCUUCAUAUAAAUAGUUUCUUUUACAACCUUACUAGAUUCGAUUAUUGCCCUUGUCAUGACAUGAUUCACAACUAGGCCAAUAUGUAUACAAAUAUUCAUUUCUUCAAUAUAUAUCUUGGGUAGAGGGAUUGCACACUUUUGUAUGUUGCACUCAUAAAUCCCUCUCUUUCUUGUUAUUUGACCCCAUGGUUCUGCCUGCUGUAUGUCUGCAUCAUUAUGUGUAAAUUAUUCAAAUUAGAAAGUGGUAAACAAAGUAUAAUGUUUUGCUUCUCAUCAAAAGGUGGUUCUGAUACAGAACAAAAUUAUAUUUGCCCCCUACCCCUAGAGUGGAGGAUUAUGUUGACACAAUAUCCAGUCUUCAAGGGGUCUGCUACAUUUUAAUACAUGCAGCAGUGAUCUGCCCAGGAAUCAAAAUUUGGGGGCCAAAUGGCACAUUGGACCUGAAAAAAGGGGGACAUUUUCAAAAAGAGGGGGCCAAACGAUAAAAUUACUAUUCUCACCUUAACUGAAAUAAGUCUGCCUCUUCAAUCCAAUGAAUCUGUAUUAAACUGGUGUUUCUGUACCUCAGAAUGCUUGAUAGUGUCAAUGAAACUAAAUUGUCUGCCAAAUUUAACUUUUAAACUUUAAACUGCUGAACAUAUAUGUAAAUAGCUUUACCUUUCCCACUGUCAACUGCAACAUUACACACACAGUGGGUGGAGGGCUUAAGUGUAUCUGGGUUUAUAACUCUGCAGUACACACUCAAUUUCUUGUUAACAGCCACAUCUGUAGUUUCAUCACACAGUAACUAACAUAGGGGGACUUACUGAUCAAUUUAUUCACAUUCAGGCAUGCAGUAUGGGCAAGGGAAUGAAGAAAUUCUUCAGCAGCUUUGUCUGAUGUGUAUGAAACAUUUUCUCUACAUUUCAGAUUCUCAAUGUCAGGGCACUUCAUGUCCAUUAAAAAGUUAACAAGGCUCUCAAACUUACUGACGGCAAGAUCUUCCUUAGCUAGCCAAAAUGCAGCUUUUAGUGCAUAGAUAAUAGCAGCUUCCUUUUAACUCCAGAUAUUUGAAAUGUUUUUUACCAAGGCACCAGCCAUUGACUCGGCAACAACAGACUCUUUGUGAUCAGAUAUUUUUGCAUGUCUGUACAAAGUAGUUUUCUUUCAAUUUCUACACUUACCCGUGGUCAUGUUGUUUUUCUUUGAACGUUUGAUACAUAACCUACAACUCAUGAAAUCAGACUCCUUAUCGUACACUAACCAGCGAAAUUCUAACAACCAACUGUCUUGGAAAUGUCGAUCUGACAACUGAUUCGGGGCUUUAGCAGUUGAUUUUGAUUUCGAAACAGUUUCUUUGUCAGUGUCGGACUCACUAUUCUCACGUGGUGUGGGUGGGGACUCGACAGUUUCAGGCACUUCAGCGUCACUGCCUGAUGUUGAUGGCGAGGGCAUUCCUGAAUCUUCAGAUGAUACAUUCUCGCUGAACUUCUUGGACACUUUUGCUGAGGAACUUGGGGGGAAAAAAAACUUAAUAGUUUUGGAUUUUUGUUUGCGAUUACAUCCAGCCAUGAUUAUAAGAUAAAACAGUAAGCGGAAAUCUGAUUGGAUCCGGCACCCAGCACUCAGCCAAUCAAAUUGCUCUUAUUACGCACCCGCCAGUUAUAGAAAAAUUCAGUUCCCUUUUACGAGUGUGCCUGACGGCGCAUCUCUAGGAAUUUUUUGGCGACAUUUUCAGUUUUUGGGCGACAAUGUCGCGCCCUUGGCAGAACCCUGCAUGCAGCAUAACUUUGUUAGUUACCUGUUUUCAGGCCUCAAAAUUCAAUUUUAGAUUCACUUCCCUGGUGGGCAAGUAUGGAUCCAUUUUCACUUGCCCUGCAAACAUUUUGUACUUGUUUUUCUGUAAGUCUUGGACCCAGUGAGCUGUUGUACAUCCAGCUGCCCCCAUAUUGUCUACAAUGUUCAGUUAUAACAUUUUUUAAUAUUGUCUACAAUAUUGUCUACAAUGUUCAGUUAUAACAUUUUUUAAUAUAUUUCAGAGAUAUUACAAUCAAAUUAAGGCUUCAGAGGUGAUAGAGUGGGAAAAAUAUUAUAUUAUGAAACAUAAUUUUGACUUGGCAGCAGACAUUUACUUACCAAUCAUGACUCUUGCAAUAUUGGUUUUGCACAAACCGUGUUUUUCCUUGUUGCCAUAUCCUCUUGCACGACCUUUCCAGUUGAAUUGUGUAGCCAUAGGUGAUUACAUCAGAGCUUCCAUCAUCCUGUUAAUUGUUUUCUUGUCCUGUCCCUCCCAGAGUUGUCAGGUGAUGGACCUACGUCAAAUGAAACAGUCUACUGCAAUUUAAUAGAAAGAAAUUGCCCUUUAACAACAAUCUUCCUGAUUAGAGAUAACUUCUGGUCAUCUGGAAGAGAUUAAGAUAGCUUAAUGCCAAGCCGGAAGGCCUUCCUGAUAAUGGCACCCCACAAACUACGAUAUAGUUUUUACUGCCCCACAUCCGAAAGAUGCACACCGUCUAGUUUGAUGUGGAGCCGGGUCAUUUUCUGCAGACCUAUUUUCUUCCAAAAGGAAAUGAAUAGGUUUUUUAAGGCCUUAUAUGCAAGAAAAAUGUUGAGCUGGUCAACUUGAUCGUUAAAAGAAGGAUGGGGAGGACGCAGUUUGUGGUGAACUUAACUCACCACCACGUGAAAUGCCGAAUUCGUCAUUAAAAUGACAGCCUAAAUCUUCUAUUUCCUUACAUAGGUUAGAGGGGGAAAUAUUAUGGUCAAAAAGUUCGUUGGACCCAAUAAUAAGUACAACCAAGUCCGGGCAGACCCAGCGAAGGAUCCCCAAAUUGUACAUGACUAGUUUUAGGGACCGUCUAGCCGCCUAUCCCAUGCCAGUGCACGGAAUUGGGGAAUCCAAAAUCUUUCACUGUUUGAACGUCCCAACCUUGGUCGAGAAAUGAAUGAAGCCUGUGAACAAAGGAAUGUCCAAUGACUAGAACUGUCAUGGUGAACGUAAGUUAGAAAGCUCACAAAUAGGUUGAAAAAGAAAAAAAUUACUUGUUAGCUAGGAGGUCUACUUCUGGAACUGAGUAUCUUCGAGUGUAAGGAUCCGGCAAUCAAAAAUUGUACAGUGUCGUAAUCUAAUGUAAUGUAAUUCGUUGUUCGUUCACUAGCGACUAUUGUGCAUGAGAGCAGAGUGAGGAAGAUUACUAUCACUCACUUCCUUAGACGCGGUGGUGCAUACCUUGUGGAAAUGCGAGACUUAGUUUAUCCUGAUUGGACUAGAUGUCUUGACCUAGUUACUGUGAAUCCGCUGCUUCAUGUGAGUUUAUAUGUGGCAUUGAAUCUGUGGUUUGUACAGUCAUGGCCAAAAUACAUAGCAGUGAAUCCCAUCAGAAUUAGGUUAUAGACCGUCGUCAUAAAACAACGUUUGACUUUGUCUGUACCACAGGUUCCAAUUUUCCUCUUCUGCUAGUCUGGGUGGCAGGUGUCUCCUUUUUUGCAAAAGAGCAUUUUAUACAAUGGAUAUAUUACUAUAAUAAUUAUGAUUAUAAAUUCAGAGUGUCAGUGAUGCAACUAUGAUCAUAAACAAAGAUAUGGAAAAUGGAAAUUUUAUAUUUUGAUGAACAUGCAUUGAGUAAGACAAUUGCAAUUAAUAUAAGGCACUUAAUGAUGAAUGAGGUAUGUCAGAAAGUUAACACAAUUUACAGGUAAUAAGAUGAUAUAAUGUUCCUCAUCUCCUCUUAGCUUCAGUGUCUGUUGUAUUCAGGUCAAUAUCAAAAACAUUUUUGUUCAGUGAUUUUACAACUUUUGUGCACUUUUCCAUUGCCUUUAUGUAGUCACCUAAAAAUAAGCCUAGUUAACAUUUGCUGUAGAAUUUGCCACAGGCCAAAUGUUGCACAAAUUUUCAUUUCUUAUAUUCCAAAUAUAUUGAUAAUGUUUAUUUAGUUGGUUCCACACACUUACCAGUUGACUCCAACACUUGGCAGUCUUGCACAUCCCAAUCAGAAUCUGGUUGAAUGCACUCUUCUAUCACUCUUCCUCCUCUCAUCACUGACUUGGGGAGCCAAAGGCACUUGUCACCUUUGACCCAUCCUUCAGGGGCCACUGCAACUGAAUUUUCUUCCGGGGAAAUAGACGACGCUGAACUGUGAGUGUAACAUGUAUUCCCUGUGAUGAUACAAAUGUUAUAUAAGUUAAUCGUUUUUAUUGCCAGUGUAUCACAGAAGGCUGUAGAGUAAUAAUUUUUUUUUUAAAUGGUAAUAGAACUUAAUUUGAUUUUCUUUUCUGGACUCACUAAUUGGUCACUUGGAUCAUUCACAGACCAUAUGUGAAGUCUACUUGAUUCCACUGGAUACAUAAAAUUUUCUUUGGUCAUAAAUGGUUGACAUAUCAGUCUCUGUUCUCGAUUAAAAGUGAUCUUAUUUUUUUAUAAGAGGUGUUUGUCCAACAUAAAUAGCGUUAUCCUGUUGCUUUACUGAUAGAAUUUUUUCCAUAUGAAGAUCUUUGUAUUAUUUGCAUUGAUGAUAUUCUUCUGGGACUGCUCCUCUGUGAUGUUCUUUUUUACAAAAUGUCUGCGAAAAUUUAAUUUUUUUUACAUGUUCCCUUUCUGCAAGACAUAUCACUUGUUGGAGUGGCAAUUUUGGUUUUUGAACAAGUUGCUUAAUAGUCUGUAGAUAGUUUCAAAAGGGAAACUUGAAAAAAUUAUGUUAAAUUCCAUACAUUUGAGAAUGUGAAGCCAAAUGUGUCAGUGAAUUAACAUUAUAAAUAAUCUGUUCUGCACCCAGUCCCUCAGUUUCUUAGUAAAAUCUCCAUCUUCUUCACCAUCUGAAGUGUCACUGGUCAUGAUAUCCAUAUUUCCCUGAGCACUGCCAUGUGAAAAAAACAGAUUCUUCAUAAAAAAACAUCUUGGCUGAAUCCUAUACCAUGAUCUGCUGUUGACAAUAUAUUCUCAUGUUCAAUGAGUUGCUCUACUGGCAUGAUGUCGGUGUUAUCAUCACUGGAUGAUUCAUCAUGAAGACAAGAAAGAAUUUGCUGGGCAGGUAUCUCAGCAUGUCGAUGUAAUGUCCUGUCACUGAGCACAGACUUUUUUCCGAUUUCCUUCAGACAUUCUGUCAAAUAAUUGAAAUAUUUAUCUACAUUAGCUCCUGAUAAGGUAUACUAUUUCUGCCCAAUGAACUUGGGCCCACUGCCCAUUGACAUCCACCUCAUUGAUAAACUGAGGUAAAGAUGGCAGUGCACCCUGCCUUAUGUGCUCAAUGAAUGAUUUUACUGAUCUAAAUUGUAGCACAUCCCAAACACACUGGCACUGGGUCCUUGCCACCACAGAUGGGUAUAUUCUCCUCAUAUGCACUGUCUUACACACUUGCCUCCUGCAUCUGUCUGUGGACAUUGAUGACUUGUGUGGUCAAGGAGUCAUCUGGAUGGUUAUGUACUGGUUCAUUUGGGUUUACCAUGAGGAUAUCUUUGGGAUCAUCAGAAACAUUGGUCCAGAUUCUGGCUCUGCAUGUUGGUCUCCAGCACCGCCACAAAAUGUUCCCACCACUCGUCUUAUGUUUCUGGUACCCGAAACCGUCCACAAACAAGACUUUUCCCCCUUUUGCACCCGCUUCAAGACAGGAGCACUACCACAAGGAAAAAUUUACAGGGGGUCAAAGAAAGGGUAGUGCUGCUAUAAAUCUGUGUCACAAAAUGCUAAAAAAAAUUCCCUGAAGCACAUUAUAUUUAAUUUACAUUGGUUAUGUAAUUGUGUUAAUAUAGAAAAACUGCAAAUCUUAUUGUCACAACUUCCAGAAAAUGAAGUCACUGGAAUAACAAGCGGAGUAGCUUGGAUGAAGGUGCCCCCUGCAAGCAUCAAAAAGUUUUAAUUAGUUUAAUAGAUUCUUUUUUGUGAUAAGGGGUGGGUUAGUUUAAUUUUGUAUAAGAAUAUUUAUUUUUGUGACAAAAGGUUAGGCAAGAGGGAGAGCUUGGCAUGGUAUCUUACAUGCGAAAUUAAUCUCCUAAUGUUUUUCAGUCAACAAUGACUUGCCAUUGAAAUGUUCAAGAAAUAAUGCCCAUGCAACUAAGUCUUUUUUUAGCUUCAGAUGUCAAUCUUAUCUAAAUAAUGUUGAAUUUAAAUAUCAAGAAUUUGCAAGAGGUCUUUAACUAAAUGCCAGAGGUAAAUUUGCCAGAGGUCUUUAACUAAAUGUUUAUAUCACAACAGAAUUCAAUUGAAUAAAGGGAAACAUUUUUUAAAUGUCAAGAUGUUUUAUGAUAUUUGUACAAGUAACAACUAGAUGGUUUCUCUUUGGGGUACAAAUAUCAUGCAUUGAAAAAUGCCCAGGACCCUGCAUUACUGUUUUAGUAAUUGGUAAACACAUUUUGAUAUAAUGGCAUGAGUAAGAAACUGGUGUCGUAAAGUAAAGAAAGUAAUCCAACUAAUCGGUGAUUAUGAGCAUAUAAAAAGUAACAAAGUCUGUCUAUGAGAUGCCAUGAGUCUGAACAUGUAAUAAUUUUCUUUAAGUCUUUUCUCCUUUUCUGGACAUCGGUUUCGGGUUCAUCAGCUGCACUUGCUUCUUCCAUGCUCUGCCCAAGGCGUUGCCCCCGAGUACAACAUUCUUCUUUAUAACAGAUUAUAUAAGUAGUAGCCAGUAGUGUCACUUUCCUAAUUUGAGGUCAAAGAACACCAGAACUUCUGUACCGUUGCAUUUUGCAAUAAUUUUUGGUAAAUUAGGGAUGCAAUGUCCUCUCCCUCACAACAUAAUAACAAGUCUUUAUUUUAAAAAACUCUGUACAGCAUUUUCCACCUCUUUAAAAAACUGAAACACAAUAUCAUGAACUACAAACAACCACCCUCUAUUUAUUGUAGCUACCCAUCACUUUGUGACUUAGAAGAUGCUUUCUAAGAAUGAAUAAUCAUUGUACAAUCUCUGUGUAAUGCUGAUGAUCCCUUCGAAAAUCUCUUGUACAGAUUGAAAGGUAUGUAACCACAAACAUAUCUAAGAGUCUCUUCCUCCUCCUCACUUUUAGUGAAGUAGGAUUCUCUCUUACCACAUCAGUCAAUGGUUUUUCUACCCUUUGUUAAGCUAUUACAUUUUUCUCCAAUGCAACAUCCAAAAAUCUUUGGUACAGCAAAGGGUCCUUUACACUGGUAGCACUGAUUUCAGAACAAAAAGAGGUAAAGUUCUUUUUGCCAUUUACUUCUGACCUCAUGUUGUGGAAUGCUCUAAUAAGCUUAGUAUUUCUACUACUUGUAACCACACCAUGCAGAUGGCUAUUCAGGUAUCUUAGGUAAUCAGUGAGCAAAUGUCUGUUCUCUACGUACAGUGACUUCUCUCUUAAGACUCUUGCAACUUCAGCUUCCUGCCAUCAUAAAAAUAUUGUCCAUGUCUUCCCCUGUUAUACGUUUCACCUCCUCUGCAAUCUCAUCUAAAGGCAUGUCUUCUGUUUUUCUAGCAAUCGAUGCCCUGGACAGUGGGCCAGAAACACCCUGAGUAUUUGUCAACUUCUUAAUAGCAUAGGUAAUGUGCAUAGGAAGCCUUCCUGAUAAUGGUGCCACUCAAACUGCGGUAUAAUUUGUAUUGCCCGACAUCUGAA